AUGUUAUUUAUUUUUCAAUUUUUCUUGAUUUUACUUAUAUUCUCAAGUACUUCAUCUAAACGACGUACUAGUUCUAAAAAUAGGCAGUUUGAAGCGCGCCCUGGAAUGGGUGGUUUGGUUUUAGAAGAAGCUGCUGAAGAUAAAGAUAAAGAAGUGGCUAAAGAAUCAGUAUUGAAACCUGUUUUCUCUCAGGGAACUAUCAAAAACGACACGGCAGAGAUGAAAAAGCUUACUUAUGAAACAUUAAAUGAUAAUACUGAAAUAAUGCAAGUGAAAAACUUUGAAGAAGGUUAG